GAAGCGGUUGCCAUAGCGACGGGAAGCGGCCUUGCGGGAGGAGUAGGCCGCGCCGCCCGCGGGCGGGGAGGAGGAGGAGGAAGAUCAGCCGAGCUUGGUGAAUUUCAUCCCGGGAUACGUGAAGAACAAGCUGGAGCAAUCUCUGGAAUGUUAUUUUGGGCAACCAAGGGAAACACGUGCUCUGAAGUGACACUGCACAGUCCUGACUUCACCAAAGAAUUCAUCCCGAAAACGCACGCCGCUGAGUUGUUGUAGCCACUAGAACUGAGAAGACACCCGAGGACCCACCACCUCCCCUGUUUAUGGCAUUCGCACCUCCUAGAAACAUGGAUGGCCUCAAGCUACAGACCAAGAUGAGCACAUGGACUCCACUGAACAAUCAACUCAUGAAUGACAAGGUAUUUGAAGAAAGAAGAGCCCUACUUGGAAAAUGGUUUGACAAGUGGACAGACGCUCAGAGGAGAAGGAUCCUCGUGGACCUGUUGGAACGCUGCUCCCUGUCACAGCAGAAAUUCUGUGCCAAGCAGCUCCAGGAUCGAGUCCCCACCGAGGCUCUGGAUUUUACCACAAGGCUCCCUAGAGUCCUGUCUUUAUACAUCUUUUCCUUCCUGGACCCACGGAGCCUCUGUCGAUGUGCACAGGUGAGCUGGUACUGGAAAUACCUGUCAGAACUGGAUCAGCUCUGGAUGCUGAAGUGCCUGCGUUUUGGCUGGUACAUCAACUUCUCUCCAACCCCCUUUGAGCAAGGAAUCUGGAAGAGACAUUACAUCGAGAUGGUGAAAGAGCUGCAUAUCACAAGACCAAAGACUCCCUCAAAGGAGGACUUUGUAGUUAUUGAUGUGCAACCGGUAGGAAGCGAUGACCCAGAGUCAAAACUUUUUGUGCUUGGAAGGAGGACAAACAAGAAGAAAAAGCAGCUCCUACCGUGGCGUUCACCAGACAAGCACCCGACGGACACCAUCCGCUUCAACUACCUCAACAACCACAACCCCAUCGAGCAGGCCAAGCAGGCGAGAAAGAAAGGAGGAGGAGAGACCCCAGACCUGAGCUGGCAGGCGGCUGAGAAGAGAAAGAGAGGGCGUCGUGGAUCUAAGAAGCUCCAGAAGGCAAAAUCACGGCUAUCCCUUUCUGCAGAUCUUGAGUCCGUUCCAAACCCACCAGUCCGUCCCAGCUGGGCCACUCACCAGUCCAUUGAGACCCUGCCCUCCAAAGCAGCAGCCAAGGCCCUGGCCCAGAGCUCCCAGUGGGACGCCGGGAGCCGACCAGCACCUGUCCAACCUCCAGUGCCAGAGCUGCAGCCCGACGGAACGCCUUGAUGUAAUUCCUACCAAUUAUCUUAUUAGAAUAAAAACAGAGGUACUUACAACGUACUUUACCAGCCUUCCUCAGGUCACAAAACAGUUCAGAAUCUGAAAUAGAGAAAAAAAUAUAUAUAUAAAGAGA